AUGUUUGCAGGUAAAACAAGGCUUUUCACAAAUAAAAGUCUGAAAUUUUAAAAGAGAAGCGGGCAUUUUCGGAGCAAAUGCGCUCCCCCGUACUGGGCAGCACUGAUCAAUAACUGAAAGUUCGUCACUUCACUCUUCUCGACGUCGGCUACUCGCUUUCCGCUUGCUUCUCUGGCACCCUCUCGCACUGAAGCACUCUCUCGCCCUCCCGGACAAAUAUCCACUCGCCGGUGCUGAACAGACAUUUCGGCUCAUUAUCGGGUGUACGCACUGGAUUUCUCCCCAGGUUUUCGCAAAAAAGAGAACGAUUUGCAACGUCUUCGUGGUUUUUACACAAAAAACCAGUUUUUCUGCUUUUUCUUAUCUAAAAUCGAUAUAUUCUCGGUCAUUCUUCGUGUUACACGCGUAAUAACCUCAAUUGUUCUUUUCAUUUCCCAUGCAAAUCGAUAAUAUCUUGCAGGCGCCAUGACUGCGGACGCCAAUCGGAGCGAAUCACUCUUAUGCAUGGACAAGGCCAGAGAGGCCAUCAAAGUGAGCUUUUGCCUUUUAAUGUGAUUAUUAUUAGAGCAAUUUUCAGUCUGGCGACACGGAAAAAGCACGCCGAAUGCUUUUGAAAGCGAAAAAAUUGGACCCCGGUCAGGAUAUUGAAUGUGAGUGUUUCAUGUUGAUUUUUUAGAAAAACUGAUUGGAAAACAUGCAAAUUUCCAAUAUUUUCAUAAUUUUUAGCUAAGAUUUGUGCUCAGACUCUAAAUUCAACAAGAAAUCGCAUAAAUCGUCGACGCACCAUAGAAACCACUACACUUCUCUGAAAUCUGCCCUUUUCCUCUGGUUUUUUGCGGAACUUCUGCUCGAGUUUCCGUGCAACUCUUUCACUCUCUCUCUCUGUCUCUCUCGCUCGUUUCACUGCGAAAAACAAGCGAAAAGUGUCUGAUUUCCUGGGCGAAACGAAGUGUAACGCACACAACUGGUCAUUUUCACGUUUUUGAGGAGAAACCCGAGAGAAAUCCAGAGGCGCAGAGAAAAGAGCCGCUGGAUGAAUGCGGAUUGACACUUUUUCGAUUUCUUUUGUUGAAAAUGCAUUCAGGAUAUGUUUUCUAAUCAAAUAUAACAAAACUUUGCAGUUUUGACGAAAAAGAUAGACGAGAUGACGUCGUCCUCCUCUUCUCAAUCCUCUUCGUCGCGGCCUUCCGAAGAACGGAGCUACGCGCACGACGAUCACUACGAAGAGCCGAAUCUGCGGAAUCGGAAAGCACGGAGCCCCGUCAAAAAGAAUGGUGAGCAGAAAGUUCCAGACUUUGUCUUGCUACUUGUUUAUCGAUCACUCUACGAGACCAUGCCUUUGUACCACUUGGUUUAAAACGUUUAUCUUGAAAGUUUCAGGCCGAUUAGAUCAUCUGGUCCGGAAAUAUAGAGCUUUGAAGCCAAAACGCCGUGUUUUUUAACGGGGUUUCGGCCUCAAAUCAAUAUAUGCCCAGAUUAUCAAAUCGGCCUGAAACUUGCAACAUGAAUACUCCAAACCAAGACGAAUAUCGGUGGGAAGUUAUAUUACGAUCGGAUGAUAGAUAGUCAUCAAUUCAUUUCAGGAAAAGUGGAGCCAGAAAAAGCAGCUCCGAAGCCACGUUCCGCGUCCAGAACACCGAAACUUGGCGUCGAUUAUACCGCUGAAGUAGGCAUAUUUUCAAUUUUUCCACGAAAAAUUCUCAUAGGAGCGUUUUUUUUUCCCAAGUGUUUCGAGUAUUUUCCCACCCAAACCGUAUAUUCUUGCAGCAAAAAGAGCUGGUGGAGCGAAUCCGUCACUGCAAAGAUUAUUACGAAAUUCUGAAAGUGGACAAGAAGGCGAGCGACGACGAUAUCCGCAAGGAGUACCGCAAAAUGGCACUCAAAUUGCAUCCAGACAAGUGCCGCGCGCCUCAUGCCACCGAGGCGUUCAAAGGUGAGCGCGAAAUGUCCACAAAUUGAUUGGAUUUUGAAAAUCGGUGCCAUUUUUCCAAACAUACAAUUUCAGCCCUGGGAAACGCGUACGCAGUGCUCUCGGACACCGACAAACGUCGGCAAUACGAUCAGUUCGGUGCGGAGGCGGCGAACGGAAGCACGCCGACGACGAGGAGACGCGGCGGCGGCGGCGGCGGCACGUUCUUCGAGCACGACUACGCCCACGGAUUCGAAGGUUACAUCCUCUUUUUCCGCUUUUCCAAAGUAGACCAUUUCAGCUGAUUUCACGCCGGAAGAGAUCUUCAACAUGUUCUUCGGCGGCGGAUUCCCGUCGGAACAGGUGCGCCGACGCGCCCGUUACGCCCAGCAACAGAACUACCAUCACUACGAGCAGCAGAGUCCCUACGGCCCCCUUCUGCAGCUGCUCCCGCUCCUCGCCAUCAUGGUCGUCGGCUUGUUGGCUCAGUUGAUGGUCGGAGAACCCGCCUACUCGCUCCAUCAGACAUCGUUAGUGAUUGUUUUCGUUUCUCGCCUCCGAACGGAGAAAAUUGCAGAAAGUUCUCGGUGAAACGGCAAACGACAGAUCUGCGGGUACCGUACUUUGUGCGAACAGACUUCGAAUCGAGCUAUCGGGGCAGAAUACGGCAAGUGGAGCAGCAGGUCGAGGACGACUACAUUCAGAAUCUGCGCAUGAACUGCUACAAAGAGCAGAACCUUAGUGAGCCCUUUUUUGAACUUUGGAAAUUUAUUUCAAGAGAACAUCUUGGAACACGUUGAAAGUUACCGAAAAAUGAGUAAUUUAGAGCUUUAAAAUAGGAAGUUAGCGUCCGUGUAAUAGAGGAUUAUGUGAAAAUCAGAUGUGUUCUUCCGGUUUUAACAAACAAAUCUGCAGAAGAGACGAAACUGUACCGGGCACGCUGGAUGCGAGACGAGGCGAUGAUGCGGGACGCGGAACGGACGCCCCUUCCGAGUUGCGUGCGUCUCAAUGAGAUCUACUCGCACUGA